AUGGCAGAGGCCGAAGCCGUGUACCGCUACGAGUCCGGAUAUAUUGCCCAUGCCCCGAAAAAAGAUUACGGGCCACUGGACUUCACGGGAAAAAUAGCGGGCGGUCUUCGCCUCGACAUUCGCAGGAGGGCACCACUGUGGUGCAGCGAUUGGACAGAUGCCUUCCUGCCCGAGAACUUCCAAAAGUCGGUGUCAUCCAUCUUGUAUUUGUUCAUAGCAGCCCUGGCCCCUGCGAUCACCUUCGGCAGCCGCUUCCUCGAUGGUACCAACGGCCAGUUUGGAGUGUUGGAGAUGAUCAUGUCGACCUGUGUUAGUGGGAUGAUCUUCUCCACUACAGCUGGUCAGCCCUUGUCGAUUCUCGGUGCUACGGGCCCGUUCCUGGCCUACACCCUUGUCGUCUACGACCUGGCCAUCGCCGUCGACGUAGAGUUCAUGCCCUUCUACUUCUGGACUUGCAUGUGGUGCUCCCUCUUUACUAUCUUGGUCGCCGUCUUCGACUUGUGCGCGCUCAUGAAGCACGUCACCAUGUUUUCGGAAGACAUCUUCGCUGGAUUGAUCUCGCUCAUCUUCAUCAUCGAUGGAGUGAGGCCAAUCAUCGAGAAUUUCACGGAGGAAAGGAUGCCUCUUGUGAGCGCCAUGUUCGAGGCACUGCUGUUCCUGUACACUUUCGGACUUUCAACAUGGUUGUCCGCAUUUCGCCGAAAACCUUGGUCCUUGCGAUUCAUCCGCAACUUCGCGGCGAACUUCGCGGUGACCAUCGCCUUGGUUACCGCUUCUGCUUGGGCCGCCCUGUACUCCAGCGAGACCAACCUGAGGAUGUUGCAGGUGGACGCAGACUUGUCCCCAAAUCUGGUUUUGGCCGAUGGCAGCAAGCGGCCCUGGGUUGUGAAUCCGUCGGGCAUCGAGCGGCCAUUCCCAGCUUAUGGCAUUGCUUAUGCGAUUCUGCCCGCGAUUGGAUUCGCGGUCUUGGGCUACCUGGAUCAGAACUUGACAUCUGUGAUUGUGAACAGGCCCUCCAACGGUCUGAAGAAGCCCCCUGGUUACCACCUUGACCUGUUUGUGCGCGGGGCACUCACGCUGCCUGUUUGCGCCGUGCUGGGGCUCCCACUUUCAGUGGCCUCGACUGUGCCGAGCAUCACCCAUGUGAUCUCUCUGACCACUUACGAUGUGAAGCAGCUUCCCGAAGGUGAACGCAAAGUGCCUGUGAAGGUGGUGGAGCAGCGAGCCACGAACUUCAUCAUCCACAUUCUGAUCGGGUGUGCACUGUUCUUGGCACCUGCCUUGAAGUUCCUGCCGCGUGCUGUGCUGCAGGGCGUGUUCUUCUACAUGGGCAUUGCAUCUUUGACAGGCAACAACCUCUUUGACAGGCUGAAGUUGUGGCUCAUCUGGGACCCGGCGAAGUACCCUCAGUAUCACUACGUCCAGAAGCUUCCGAUCCAGCGUGUGCACUUGUACACCCUUGUCCAAGUCAUCUGCCUUGGCAUUCUCUAUGGCUUGAAAGCCAUCAAGGAGACAUCGGUCGUGUUCCCGUUCUUCAUGGCAUCGCUGGCCAUUGUUCGCAAGGGCAUGAGGUUCAUGUUCACCGAAGAGGAGCUGAAGCAGCUGGACGGUCUGCCGGGCGAGGAUGAGGAGGUAGAGGAGGAGGCCCAGGGAUCGAAGCCAGACCUCGUGAACCUGGAGGCGAAGGACGAGACCUCGAAGGACUGCCCAGGGUUGCUUUCCAGGUGCCGUGAAGUUGAAGUCUCAGGGUUCGGUGAGACCAACGAGUCGCUUGAACCUGAACCCGCAUCCAGCCCGACGGGCCACCUUUCACGAGUCAGCCCAGGGGGUCAGGGUGCUGGAGCGCUUCUGGCUCCCGUUCAGUUUUUGCGGCUCUUCACCGCCGGUCCAAGGCUCCGGCGUCGGGCCGAGCUCUUCGCGCUGCACUGCCUCGUCGAGGGCAAGGUUGUCCAAGACCAGGUCGCCGCCCUUCAGCUGAAACUCGGCUGGGAUGCUGGCGACCGGGCCUGGUGGACCUCCGGCCUCGGCAUGACACUGGCCUCCGGUGGCCUUUGCGGACCUCUUCUCAGGCGGUUGGGCGAAUAUCGCUUUCUCUCCGCCUGCCACAUGGCAUCCUUCGCGGCCUUCCUCUGCUUCCGGAGGUCGCGGCUUGUCACAGGCCUGGCGCCCCUGAGCCUCGGAGGUCAACGUCGCUUGGUCUCGGCAGCCUGGCUCGUGGAGGAGGCGCAGAGCUGCGGUGUGGGCCGCGGCGAGGUGGUGGGCUGGAUGGCCAGCCUGCGCGCAGCCUCCGAGGCCUUUGUGUCCUUGCUCUCGCAGUUUGUUUACCAGCGGGCCCACGCUCAGGGCGUCCCUGCCGAGGCCAACGUCUUCUUGUUGCCGAGCCUUGGAGAUGCAACGACGGGAGGGUCCCCGCAGAAGCCGGUGAAGCUGCUGAUCCUCUUCGCAGAGCUGCAGCGGACGCGCAUCAAACUCAUCGACGACCGCGAUGGGAGUCGCCGGCUUCUUCCACGCUCGCUGCGAGCACGCGGCGCCCGGCAGAUUUGCCUGCCCCCGCGCAAUGCCGAGCCGUUGGGCCUGGGGCUGGACCUCCUGGUUGACAAAUACAACGCCACUGUACAGGACGCCGACCGCAUCAAGGUGGGCGAUUUCAUCCUGAAGGCCGCAGGCGCUUGCGGCAAGGCAGGGGCUAUCGCCGAUAUGCUGGAGUUAGCAUCUCCGGAAGGCCUGCAGUUGCUGGUGCAGCGGCCACCUCCUCGGCGCCUUCGCCUUUCCGCGAAAGCGCUCGCUCCACACACACAGGAGCUAUCUCUCAUCACAUCCCUGCCUUCUGGCGCCGCUGGCUUACUAACCGUUCUGCUUUUAGGUCUCGCUCUAUGCUACUCGAGACCUGGGCGCCAGUGGGGCAGAGCUCAGGCGCUAAAGUUAGAGUUCCAGUGGCUGGGCGGUGUUGAGGCUCACAAUCUCAGCCUCUACGAAGAUCCGGAGUUUCCACCAACGGAUGCCAGCUUGGGUGGCAUCACCGGAGACCAGGCGAACCCACAGGUCUCAGAGUACCUGGUGGAGAUGAUGAAGCUGGUGGUGCCCGGCUGGGCGCGACCGCGCCAGAUGGUCGGGAAGCAGGCGAGCAAGUACAAGCUCUUUGCGACGGAGGGCGAGCCCUGCCUUUUCAAGCACGUGUCACCCAGGGACAUCGAGCAGGGUUACCUUGGGGACUGCUGGCUUGUGUCCUCGUUUGCUGCCAUUGCUGAGUAUCCCGACCGCGUCCGGUCGCUCUUCAAGCAGAACGAACUCACAGCGGAUGGACGAUAUGAUAUCCGUCUUUACGACCCGCUCGCAGAAGAGUGGCAGGUCGUCACAAUCGACGACCGCUUGCCAUACUGGCAAAGGCCUGGCAAACAUGGCACGCUUUGCUUUGCCAAGCCCACGAAGGAGAACGAGUUUUGGACUUGCUUGCUCGAGAAAGCCGUUGCCAAGUUUGUCAAGUCUUAUCACAGAAUCGACGGUGGCUUUGAGGCUGUGGCAUUGGAGAUGUUGACAGGCAAACCAUCUCUCAACAUUCAGGUGAGCAAUCUGGAGACCGAAAUGCACUCACCAUAUGUGCUUCUGUGUGGAAAGGAAGAAGGAUCGGCCAAGCAUGCGACAGUUCAUAUGCGCCUGCACAGCUACGACGCGGGCUGGGGCUUUUGGGGCCAAGAUGCCUCUGUCAUGUGCGAGGGCCAGGUAGAGCUCUCGGACGAUUGGCUUUGGGGCAAGCUUUGUGCCUGGAACGGCGAUGGCUACAGCCUCUGCUGUGGGAGCCGCCAGGAAUACAAGGGUAUCCUUGAGGGGCAUGCCUACACGCUUCUCCGCCUGGUCGAGGUUCCCAUUGAAAGAGACGGAAAAUCAUCGGUGCUGCGCCUGCUUCAUGUCCGCAAUCCUCAUCACACCAACGAGUGGUUCGGGAAAUUCCACGAUGACGACUGGGAGACCUGGAACGCAUAUCCCGAGGCUCUCAAGGCGACUGGACACAAAGUUGGAAUCAAGGACAAUGGGGUUUUCUGGAUGCCCUGGGACGAGUUCAAAGGAGGCUUUGCCGACAUUGCAGUGAACUUCGACAAGAAGGACGAAGGCCGUCGCUACACCGACGAGUCCAAAGAAGCGGCUGCGGAGCAUCAGAAAGUGGCUUGGGGCCAAGUCGGCUACCAGAAGUGGCUGGGGCUUUGA